AUAAAAUAUAACGUACCUCCAUGUAUGUUUCAAGUUUUAAUGAAUCCACUUGCAUAUAAAUAGUAUAAUCAAUUUUGGACAAGCCCCACUGAGUGGGGAUUACCAGGCAGUUCCCACAGUUCCCAUGCAGUCCACUCUCAAGUGUCCAGUGAUUCCUCAACAAAGAUGGCCGCUGCGACACUUCCGGUUCCUGUCUGCUCCUUGCGUAUGACGUCACUUCCUCUUGACGCGUUUCGUCACAUCCGGGACUUAGUCAUAAGAGAGAUAGACGUCCUGACACCUGGCCACAAUAAAUACUGCUCCUCCACUUUUUGUAGAAAGUAU